UUUCCUUCCUAGAGUCCAUUACGUGACGGCGCUGAGCCGCCUCUUGUGGUACGCACGCUCAUUUGGCGCCGUUCUUACGUUCUUCAGCGUGACGUGAUUCUCGGACUAGAGCGCAGCGCUGUUCUUCUGCUGCUGUACAGCGUCCUCCAUCUCGCCGCCAUCAUGUCUUCAGAUCCUGGCAAUUAUGGAAGUUACGGAGGACAAAGUCAGCAAGGUUAUGCUGCUUAUGGAAAUCCAAGUGGUCAGUAUGGAAAUCCGGGGGGUCAAAGUGCUGGACCAACUUCACAGGACUAUUCUGCAUAUGGACAAGCACCAGAAUCAACGGCUUAUGGGCAGAGCUAUGGUUCUUACAAUCCUGGCUAUGGUCAGGGUCAGUCAGGUUAUGGCCAGUCUUCUCAAGCACCAUAUGAAAGUCAGCAAUCUUAUGGUGGUUAUGGACAGACUUCUGAAUCAUCAGUAGGAAGCAGCAGAGGUUCGUCACAUGAAAAUCAGUCUGGUAGCAGCAGACCACCUUAUCAACAGCCUCAAGAGUCCUAUGAUCAGCAAGACUAUGGGCAAAAGCCAAAGUCAGGCUAUGGGCAACCGCAGACUCAAGAAUCCUAUGAAUCAUCUGGAUACAGUGGACAAGCUCAGCCCUACUCCUCCCGGAAAGAGGGUUUUAGCCAUUCCUCUCAAGACGAUGAACGUCGCGAUUACGGCAGGUAUGGUGGUGAUCGUGGAUUUGGUGGGUCCCAAAGUUUUGGCGGUGGCAGAGGCCGUGGCGGCUUUGACUCGGAUAGACCUACUGGCGUAAGCGGUGGCGACCGAGGUGGCUUCAAAAAUUUUGGUGGAUCUAAAGAUUAUGGUAAUAAACCUGAGCAAGAUGAUCAGGACAAUUCUGACAAUAACACGAUAUUUGUGCAAGGACUAAAUGAAGAUGCUGAUUCAGAUCAAGUGGCAGACUACUUCAAACAGAUUGGCAUUAUAAAGACUAAUAAGAAGACCGGAAAGCCAAUGAUAAACAUUUACACUGACAAGGAAACUGGCAAGUCCAAAGGAGAAGCAACUGUUUCAUUUGAUGAUCCUCCUUCAGCCAAAGCAGCCAUAGAUUGGUUUGAUGGAAAAGAAUUUAUGGGCAAUGCUAUCAAAGUCUCUUUUGCCACUCGGCGGCCUGAAUUUUUGAAAGGGGGAGUAAGUGCUCCUGGUGCUGGUGCUGGUGGUGGAGGUCGACGAGGAGGUGGUCAUAGGGGUGGCAGCUUUGGGGGACGUGGCUCUUUCAGAGGGUCCAGUGGUCCACCACAAGGUGGAGACUGGUUGUGCCCAAAUCCUUCUUGUGGAAAUGUAAACUUUGCCAGACGGGAUUCUUGUAACCAGUGCAGUGAACCCAGGCCAGAAGAUUCUAGACCAAGUGGAGAUCGUGGAAGAGGCGGGUAUGGUGGAGACAGAGGCUAUCGAGGACGUGGACGAGGUGGUGACAGAGGAGGCUAUGGAGGAAAGAUGGGUGGCAGGAAUGACUUUAGAAAUGACCAGCGCAACAGGCCUUACUAGCUUGAAGCUCCUUACUUCUUUGUUCUUUACAUGGCAUCAGAGUGCUUAGAAUUAAGUUACAAGUUUCUUUGAUUUGUUUUGUUCUUUCCCAGAAAUGUGAGCUAUUUUUUUUUUCUUGAAAAUUCAUUAAUUACUGAACUCUGCCCCAUUUCUUCAAUUUGACAAAUGAAAAUAUGAAAUAUUGCCAAACAAGUGUUUUUGUAAUACAAUAAAAUAACUUCUUUUUA